UUGGCUGAUCUCUGAACCCCUCUCUCCCUCCUUACAUACACCACCUCUCCAUCACUUCAACUCCUCUUGCGCGCCUAAGCCAGGCAAGGCUGCGCCUAGUUUUCCUGCUCUCUCAAGCUCCCUUCAGACGCUCUUUACGCUCUUCCCAGAACUCUCUGCAAGCUUAAUCGCUUUUCUUGUUUUUUCAAGAAAGCUUUCCAACAUGGCUGGCAUGGCUCCCGAAGGUUCGCAGUUCGACGCGAAGCAGUAUGACAGCAAAAUGGCAGAUGUGCUUGCUAGCGAGGGCGAGGACUUCAUCUCCACCUGGGACGAGGUGCACGAGAGCUUUGAUAUCAUGGGUCUCCAUGAGAACCUUCUCCGUGGAAUUUACGCUUAUGGUUUCGAGAAGCCCUCGGCAAUUCAGCAGCGGGGGAUCGUGCCGUUCGCCAAGGGUCUGGACGUGAUUCAGCAGGCGCAGUCCGGAACCGGCAAGACGGCAACGUUCUGCUCGGGCGUGCUGCAGCAGCUGGACUACAAGCUGCUCGAGUGCCAGGCUCUCGUGCUCGCGCCCACCCGUGAGCUGGCGCAGCAGAUCGAGAAGGUCAUGCGCGCGCUUGGCGAUUACCUGCAGGUCAAGGUGCACGCGUGCGUCGGUGGCACCAGCGUUCGCGAGGAUCAGCGCAUUCUCCAGGCUGGUGUGCACGUGGUGGUGGGUACCCCUGGUCGCGUGUACGACAUGUUGCGUCGCCAGUCCCUUCGUCCCGACCACAUCAAGUGCUUCGUGCUCGACGAGGCCGACGAAAUGCUUUCCCGCGGUUUCAAGGACCAGAUUUACGACAUCUUCCAGCUGCUGCCGCCGAAGCUGCAGGUCGGCGUGUUCUCCGCCACGAUGCCGCCGGAGGCGCUGGAGAUCACGCGCAAGUUCAUGAACAAGCCCGUGAAGAUUCUGGUGAAGCGCGACGAGCUCACGCUGGAGGGUAUCAAGCAGUUCUACGUGAACGUGGAGAAGGAGGAGUGGAAGCUGGAUACGCUCUGCGAUCUCUACGAGACCCUUGCUAUCACGCAGUCUGUCAUCUUCAUCAACACUCGCCGCAAGGUGGACUGGCUCACGGACAAGAUGCGCAGCCGCGACCACACGGUGUCGGCCACGCACGGCGACAUGGACCAGAACACCCGUGACAUCAUCAUGAGGGAGUUCCGCUCCGGCUCGUCCCGUGUGCUCAUCACCACCGACCUGCUGGCCCGUGGCAUUGACGUGCAGCAGGUGUCUCUUGUCAUCAACUACGACCUUCCCACUCAGCCCGAGAAUUACCUCCAUCGUAUUGGUCGGUCAGGUCGGUUCGGACGUAAGGGCGUGGCCAUCAACUUCGUGACCAAGGAAGACGAGCGCAUGCUGCAGGACAUCCAGCGCUUCUACAACACAGUCAUUGAGGAGCUGCCCAAUGAUGUGGCCCAGCUUCUGUAAAGAGUUUCUGCCCUGAGUCAGAGAGCCUGGUUCUGGGCUCGAGCAGGCUGGCUGGUUGCUGUGGCUUGUCGCUGGUGGUGCUGCCGAAGGCACGUGCUAGGGAAAGGAUGUGUUUCCAAGGCCAGAGGCUAGCCAGGGCUUGAUCCCUGGGCUUGACGUGAAGUGAUGCUGUUUGUUCCUAUCUGGUUUCUAGUAGUAGAACAGAUUCCAAGGGCUUCCCAGCCCCUUAAUUUUUUACCUCUUUUUGUCGUGCUUCACUACAUUGUUCGUAGUUGCCGUUCAAAAAUGAAACUCUGUCCAGAGCCAAGUAUUCACUCCGUAUCG